AGAGCGAAAGUAGAGACACAAUCAUCGAAUCUCCGUUUCAGCUCCGAUUUGUGAAGUGGUAAUGGAUAACAUUGUGGACUCGUUGAACAAGGCUUACGAGAAGUUUGUUAUCGCCUCAGCUGAUGUUCUCGAGUCCAAAGAGAGUGCAGGUGGGGUAAAAGCUUCUCUAACUGAUGCUGCGUUAGAGAAUUUCAAGGAGAAAUGGGAGUUGUUCCGUGUGGCUUGUGAUCAAGCUGAGGAGUUUGUGGAGUCAGUGAAGCAGAGGAUUGGAUCUGAGUGUUUGGUUGAUGAGGCUACUGGUUUAACAACAACAACAACAGGAGGUAACUCAGGCCACCAAAGUGUUGGUGCUGCGACUAGUCUCCCUCCCAUUAGUGCAGUGAGGUUGGAACAGAUGAGUAGAGCGGUUAGAUGGCUUGUGCUUGAGCUGCAACGUGGGUCUGGUGCUGGUGGUGGUGGUUCUGUGCAUUCUUCUUCCUCCACAGGGUUUGAUCCUAGGUUCUCUGAAGAUUCGACUCAAUAGAGUCUGUUUACUACUACUACAAACACCUUUUGUAAGCUAAGAUUGUAUAUGCAUUACUCUUUGAGUCUUGGGGAAGAGUGGCCUAAUCAAUCUUUAUAUUCUGACCAAACAAGAAUCAACACUAGAUUGCUGAUCGAUUUGAUUUGUAGGACUUUUGAGUGUUUGUUCUGAAUAUCAAAGUAAAGGAGACUGUUUUUAUCUUCUUGUAAUUCUGCAUUAAACUAUGUUUGUCUGUUGGUUAAUGUGGUUUUAUGUUUUGUUAUUAA